AUGCUGGCACAAAAGACGUUGCAGUACGGCCAGAUGCACCUCCUUUUCGCGGCGUUUUGCAUCCACGCAAUCGAUAUCAAAUCCGCCGAUGGUAUCGGUCGGCGUCUAGCCGAACAUAGGGCACAAAUGUGUCUCCUUGGACUAAAGGAGAUUCAAAAAUACUGGCGCAUCAAUAACAAUGUUUUAGAUCUUUUUCUGCAGUACUUGGACGAGUCCAUCGCAAAGCGAAUCAACAGCGGUGGCGCAGAUUCCGCGCCGAGCAACGCCGUGAGCUCGAUGGCAGGUCUAAGCCCUUUCGAUGCAUCAGGAACGAGCCCAUUGCAAGGUCUUUUCGCUGCCCAAGACCUGCCCGGACAACUGAGACCGGAAGCAAUGGAGGACCAAUACUUCAAUCUCAUGCGGACGAACUGGGAGGGCGAGGAUGCACUUGAAGAUCUUGGCUUAUUCCUGGACCCUCAACUUUAUGCCAACGGGCCAAUGCAAGUUGAGGGGCUCAACUUCCUGCAGCGUUGCCUAUGA